GGUGAUGUCACGUUCGCUGAUAACUGUUAGGAAUGAUCUUUUGUAGUGUCGGCAGUAGGGGUUCAUAUUAAUAAUGGCGAUGGCUGAUAAUUAUAGUGUUUUUAGUUAUAAUGUAAACGAUAACCAGAAGUGCUGAUGGUGUUCAGUGAAGCAAUAUGGUGGUGUUGAGGAAAAGCAACUGAAUAAUGAAACUAAAACAGUAUCCCCGGACAAAAAUAGAAGGUGGAUCGUGACAUGGGAUGCAGUCGACAGUGUUUUCCACAUGAUUCACAUGAAGCCUCCAGUCCUGAGCUGCACUCCUGUAUGUGCACACCUGUCUCCCGACCCUCAUGGACUUCGACGAGAUCCUGCCAGACCUGGGCGAGUAUGGCACCUACCAGAAGCUGGUUCUUUGGUUCCUCCUUCUGCCGGGGACGAUGCCCUGCGGUUUCCACGCCUACAAUCAGCUUUUCAUGGCCUUCACACCGGAACACUGGUGCAGGGUGCCGGACCUCGAUGAUAAAGAACUCUCUUCAGAGGUCAUCAAAAAUCUAAGCAUACCGUACGACGACGUCUCGGGGGAAUACAGCAGCUGCCAGAGGUAUGACUACAACUUCAGCCAGUACAUGAGUAGCAGCAGGUAUCUCGACGGAGGAGGGAUUCUGGGGCCUCCGCCCGACGCUAAGGUCAUCCCCUGUGACAACGGCUGGCAUUAUGACCUUCCAGAAUACUCUACGUCUGUCGUUUCUGAUUGGGAUCUAGUAUGCGAUUCCUCCUUUUAUCCUACAUUAGCCCUCGUUCUGCUGGGUGCUAGCGGUCUGGUUGGGAACUACAUAUUCGGCUACAUACAGGAUGGAUGUGGCCGUCGACCGGCGUUCUUCAUCUACCUUCUGAUCGAGAGCGCCUUCGGUAUCGCCACUGCCUUCGCGCCAACAUUCCACUGGUGGCUCGUGUGUCGAGUCGGGGUGGGAUUCACCGUUCCUGCCAUCAUGUCGACGCCCAUGGUGUUAGCCAUUGAACUGGUGGGUCCGGGCAAGAGGACCUACACGACGGUCAUCAUGAACGUGGCCUACUCCUUCACCCUCAUCCUGCUGUCUGGGGUGGCGUACCUGGUGAGGGACUGGGCGCAGCUCUCCCUCGCUACCACCAUCCCCUUCUUGGCCUUCUUCUUCUUUUGGUGCGUUUUACCCGAGUCACCACGAUGGCUAUUGGCCAACGGGAGACUGGAGGAGGCUGAAAAGAUCAUGCGGAAAAUGGCGAGGGUCAACAGAAAACAGCUGCCCGAAAAUUAUAUGGCGAAUCUUAGGAGGAAACACGAGAUCGAAAAAUACAUGACCGGAAAAGAGGACGAGAAAGUGCAGCGAUCCUACGGGGUCAUGGAUCUCUUCCGAACUCCAAAUCUGUGUCGGAAGACUUUGAUCAUCACUUUUAUCUGGUUUACAAAUACUUCGGUCUACGUAGGCCUCUCCUACUACGCCCCUGCUCUGGGCGGCGACGCCUACCUCAACUUCUUCCUGGCGGGACUGGCCGAGUUACCCACUUACCUCUUCUUGUGGCCGUCAACAGAAUACUGGGGCAGGAGAUGGACUCUGUGUUUCUCAAUGGUGGUCGGAGGAAGUGCUUGCGUUGCCACGGUUUUAACGCAAAAUGUUUUGUCUCGCCUAGAUCCCACGGUCACUCUGGUGCUGUAUUGCGUCGGGAAGUUCGGAAUCUCGGCCUCCUUCGUGGUGCUCCCCUUGAUGGCCUCCGAGCUCUACCCAACCGUGGUUAGAGGGAUGGGUCUCUCCGUCUCUGCAGUGGCCGGAAUGAUCGGGCCCAUUGUCAUUCCGCUCAUAAAUCAUUUGGGCUCUGAAAUGAUGGUAUUGCCUCUGAUUAUCAUGGGGAUACUCUUGAAUCUCGGAGGCAUUUUCUCUCUCAUGCUGCCGGAAACUUUGCAUCAGCACCUGCCUCAAACCUUGGAAGAAGGAGAGGAAUUUGGCAAGCACUGGACAAUGUCAGAUUACUGCGCCUGCUGCCCUAAACAACCCAGCAGUAUGAAUGGGACUGCCAGAAAGAUGUCCACAACUGACAGUGUCCUUCAAGACAGACUAUCUGACGGAGCACCAGAAGAAUCGUUCCCAGUUUCGAACCUUCUGAAAAGCCAAGACCAAGAAAGAGCGAUAGAAGACACUUUAGGAGGAGGAAGAACUGUAGAGGACGUGUCGAAUCCAGGGACCAGAGGCAGUGACGAUGGAAGGCAGCAACACCACAGAGUGUCCUUCGAUGAAUCUAGUUUGGCUAGUGUAGGAAGCAUCAACAGGAGGAGAAAGGCGGGGUCGCCAACUUACACUCAGAGUCCAAGCCCAGAACAAGACGAAGAGGAACACAAGUUGAUACCAACAAGCAGAAAGGUUACUGUGGUUUAGAAUCAUGGCAACUCAUCUGGUUUAUAAUACAGUUUUAUUAGACUUGAGAGGUAUAUUUAUUACAAGUACCUAUUUCAAUGUUAUUGUACACUAUGAAUGUAAAUACUGUCUUUAUGAGCAUAUUUCCUUUAUGAUAUGACGAUGUUUUAACACUUACUCUUCCUUGUAAAGAA